AUUGUGUGCGGAACUGUCCUCCUUUUCUCAUUGCAUGUAGUUAAAACCUGAUUCACUAUCUAUUUAUCAGUGUGCAUAUGAAAAAUUGAUAUCUGAUUAAUCAAGCCUCGUGUUGCGCCACUAAGCACGCACACGGUCCCUAAUGAUGUGCUUGAAUUAUGAUAUGAUAUGAUUUGAUUGUUAAGUACAUGUACAGUAUAAACCAGCCCCUAGCCAUAUGUGUGUAUAAUAUGGAGUAUUACAUAUGCACGAUUAUAUCAUGUUUCUUCAGGGCCGGCCCUUGGGUAAGGCGACCAAGGCGACCGCCUAGGGCACCACUUUCGCUUGGGGCACCAAAAUUUUUAUAUAUUUAAUAUAUAUACCCUUAUAUAGAUGUGUUUUUUUAUUUAAGAUUAAAAAUUAAUUCAAAAUACAAAUCAAUAAAUAUAUUUGAGACACCAAAUUAAUUUAAAAAUAUAUUAAAUUAAAUAUUUCAAAACUAUUUAUAAAAUUUUAAGUCAAACUUAAAUUUAAUAAAUACCAAAAGACUUAUUUUUGAGAAAAAAUUUAUUUGAAAAAAUAGUAAAAGAAGUGCACGCUCUAUCAAAAACUAAAAGAGAGGUAAACUAUCAAAAAGACAUAUGUGAAUACAAUAAACUAUUGGAUCGGCUAUUGGGUUGCUCUGGCUCUUGAUAGGACUUAGGAGUUAUCACUGAAGAGACUUUCAUCUGCUUAGAAGAUGAAGCGUCAUCAAUUAUCAGGUUAUCAGAAAAGGCAAAAGAAAUUGAAAUCGAUGGAAGCAGAUAAAUUGCAAAUGGGCUCACUGCACAAGUUUUUUGGGAAAAAGAACUCCAAAAAUACUAAUGUUGGGGUUUCUAAUGAAGAUGCAGAUGUUAGAGAAGAGGCUGAAAAUGAGGGGACCCAUGUUGAACUUGAGCCAGAGAUUGAAAUCGAAGAGCAAAUUGAAAAUGCUACAAUUGGGCUUGUUGAGAAUGAUGCGGAAGAUGUUGAGGAAGAAAACACAAAUAAUACAAUCAAUUAUGAUCCCGGAACUUGGAAGAACAUUGAUCUUAAACGCAAUGUAGCCAAGUCAAAUUUUGCAGAAGAUGGAAUUGAUGAUUGGCACAAUCUUCCUGCUAAGUUAAAAUCUCAUGAAAGUAGUAAUGAUCAUCUUGUAAAUAUGAGUGCUUGGAUUGAGUUAGAGGUGAGGAUGGAGAAAAAUGAAACAAUUGAUAAGAUUGAACAAGAUCGAAUCAAAAAAGAGAUAGAGCGCUGGAAAAAAGUCCUAGUUAGGAUAAUUGUUGUGGUAAAAACUCUUGCUUGCAAUAAUUUAGCAUUUCGAGGAGAUGAAGAGAAAAUUGGUAAACGCAAGAAUGGGUUGUUUUGUAAAUUUAUUGAGAUGCUUGCACUAUUUGAUUCAAUAAUGGAAGAGCAUAUUCGAUUAGUUAAAGAAGGUAUAUUUAACCUAAAGAAGCACCUGUCUAGUGAUGAUGAGAUGUUAAAAUCUUGUUGUAUGAAGCUUGAAGAAUAUCUUAAACAUGAUAUGCGAUCUGAUAUUGUUGGUGCAGAAUUGUUUAAUGAAUUGCUGGUACUACGAAUGGUUAUAUCUGAUGAGAUAACAAAAUCCAUUGAUGUGCUUAAUUAUUUAAGCUCUAGUUCAAGACAGAUAAAUUAUCCAAAUGCCUGGAUUACUUAUAGGAUCGUUGUGACUAUUCCUGUUACAGUCGUAGAGGCGGAAAGAACUUUUUCUAGGUUGAAGCUGAUCAAAUCUUAUCUUCGCUCUUCGAUGUCUCAAGAUAGACUUAAUGGAUUAGCUUUAUUGUCCAUUGAAAGUGAGAUGGCAGAUUCCCUAAAUUAUGAUAAAAUUAUAGAGAGAUUUAUAUCUCAAAAGCCAAGAAAAAAGUUUCAAAAUCAAUGAUGGCUAAGGAGGUUGAAAAUUUCAGAAUUGAAGACUACAAGAAACUCAGCUUGUUAUUUUUAUUCAAGUAAGUUAUAUAACUGAUUUUAUCGAAUUUGUGAUGAUCAAAAUAUAAGAAACCAAGGCUUAAAUGUGAUGCAUUCUUAUUCUUUUGUUUCAUAUAGAAGUUAUAUACUAUUUUUAAUUAACAGAUGUGUAAAAAAAAAUAAGAUACAAAAAUGCAGGGCACCAUUUUCCAUUCUCGCCUAGGGCACCCAAAUCCCUAGGGCCG